UGAUGAUUUGAAAAAAGUUGCAUGAAAGGCAUGAGCUCGUAGGUCUUACCUGUCCACACCUGUCCACACACUAAACCUGUCCAAUAUGCCAUACAACAUGUUGUAAGGUUGGAGGGUAAAUUGUCCUUACAACAGACUCUCUUAAUCUCUUAAUAUUCAAUCACCAAUCGUUUACUGUAGCUCUUCUCAAAGGCCUGUAUAGCCACGGCAACAUACAGUAUGUCAUUGACUCUAUUGUCUUUUUAGACCAAGAGGAGGACCAGUGCCAACAGUUCCACAAUUGAACAGAGCACUGAUACUGAUGCAGCUGAGAGAGAUUUUGUUGAUAAUCAGAAUGAGGAAGAUGAGAAAGGGGGGAAGAAGGAUCCCCUGCCUCAGAUGGAACAGGAUGCCAUGAAGAGAAAUAAAGUCAAGACCAAGAGGACCAAGAGAAACAUAGUGGAGCAGGUCACUGAUACAGAUGCAGGUCCCUCUACAUCUGUGGAAUCCUCUGGGAUGGCAGUUCAGGGGACAUCUCACCAGGGACAAUCUAAUGAAAAGAUCCUAAGUGAGUGUGUCUCCAGGGCCUGUCAGACCAGGGCUCUUGACCUCCCGCCAAUCAAUCCGGAUGCUUUCAACCCGAUUAUCAUCCGGUUUCUGGAAAAACUUACUGAGGAGCAAUGGAGGCAGUUAAGCAUUGGCAGGAUGGACCCUGUGAUGAGGGCAUUGCUUGCAGAGAUGUGCCUGGAGAUUGUGCGGUUUGUAUCUGAGGCCAUCCUGGAGGUCAUCAUCCCUGCAAUUUUCCGUUUUGUACGGAUAUACAGCCAUGUGUCUCCAGUAUCCGGCAAGUCUCUGACAGAAUCAGAGAGAUCUUCUAGCACAAACCUGAAGGUUCGAACGAGAGGCAGCAGCAAAUCCUCAAGGUCUUGCACGGCCAAAUCAAGCUCCUCUCGUAAUGGUGUACUCAGAAGGUCAACAAGAGGAACCACUGCACUCCAACACCUUCCCAGAACCAGACCCCUGCUAUCAGUGAAACAGCAAUUGUCAAUGAUCAAGAAUCCUGCCGAACAGAGAGUGUAUGCUCCAUCAAGAAGAAACCAAAGAAGCGUUCGCUAA